GCGCCUAGUAAGGGGCGGGUUUAUAUCCGGUCUCUGCUCUGUGAAUUGGGAGAGCAUCGCGGGCAGUGGAAAGUUCUAGUUUACUUAGAAGAAUGGAGUUACGACAGAUUCUUUUUUAUUUCACUCUCUCUGUGGUUUUUGUGCUAAGCAAACCAACAGAGAAAAAGGACCGUGUGCACCAUGAUCCACAACUCAGUGAUAAGGUCCACGAUGAUAACGAAAACUUUGACUAUGACCAUGAUGCUUUCCUGGGAGCUGAGGAAGCCAAGACAUUUGACCAGCUGACCCCAGAGGAAAGCAAGGAAAGACUUGGAAUGUUUUUUGAUAAGAUCGACGCAGACAAGGAUGGUUUUGUGACGGAUGAGGAGUUGAAGGCCUGGAUUAAAAAGGCCCAGAAGAAGUAUAUCUUUGAAAAUGUGGAUCGGCAAUGGCAUGAUUUCGACAUUAAUAAUGAUGGAGUAAUCUCUUGGGAGGAGUACAGAAAUGUGACAUAUGGCACAUACCUGGAUGAUCCUGAUCCUGAUGAUGGCUAUAACUAUAAACAGAUGAUGUCAAGAGAUGAAAGGCGUUUCAAAAUGGCUGAUAAGGAUGGUGAUAUGAUUGCUACUAAGGAUGAGUUUACAGCUUUUCUGCAUCCAGAAGAGUAUGAAUACAUGAAGGAUAUUGUUGUUCUGGAAACGAUGGAAGAUAUUGAUAAGAAUGGAGAUGGAUUCAUUGAUUUAGAAGAGUAUAUUGGUGAUAUGUAUAGUCACGAUGGUGACCCACAAGAGCCUGAAUGGGUCAAGACAGAGCGAGAACAGUUUGUGGAGUUCAGAGAUAAGAACAGAGAUGGUAAAAUGGACAAAGAGGAGACGAAAGAUUGGAUCCUUCCAUCAGACUAUGACCAUGCAGAAGCAGAAGCAAAGCAUCUUGUAUAUGAGUCAGAUAAGGAUAAGGAUGGAAAACUCACCAAAGAAGAAAUUGUCGACAAAUACGAUUUGUUUGUUGGCAGUCAGGCAACUGACUUUGGAGAAGCCUUAGUACGACAUGAUGAAUUUUAAAACAUUUCAUAGAAUUUUGUUUUGUUUGUUUUGGUUUUUGUUUUUGUUUUUUUUUUUUUUUUGGUUUUUAAAUAGAUAAUUUAUUUUAUACAACUUGCAGUUUUAACAUAUUUUCUCUACUGAGACUGUUGCCUUCUCUGAAGAGAGGAGAGAAAUUAUUUUUUUGCCACUGGCAUUAUUGUAACUUUAACACUACUUUUUUGAGGAACAUGUUUUUCCAUAUAUGUUGGAUUGUAUUAGUGUAUAUUGUGAAAAUGAAAAAUGUUAUUUCUUACACUUGAAUAUAUACAUUUUUAAUUUCAAGGGUUUUUGAUAUACUACAAAAAUGGAAUGGGAAAGUAUCGUAAUUUGCUUAAGUAUGUACCAUGCUGAUGCCUUUGUAUCUUAUCUAGUAAGGGUAGUUUUUGCAGCUUUGUAAACAAAGCAAAUCUUGAAUCUUAUCAACAGUUUUUAUUUCAGCUGUUUUUUUACAUUAAAAAUGUAAAUCAAAAUUAAAGAGAUUUAAACACAUUUUUACAUCUUAUUGCAGUAAAAAAAAUAUUACUCUUCCACAAAACUCUUCCAGUUGAAAAAGCUGUAUAUUUUAAGCAUCAUAACAAUAUUCAGGAGAAUGGUAGGACAAGAUUUGUACUAUCUAGGGGACUUUGGAUUUGUCCAAAAAAUGUUUUUGUCUAUCCGGGCAAAGUUUCAGGUUAACAUGCUGCUGUGCUCUGCCCAGGCUCUGAAUUAAACGGUAUAUUGAUAUGUAUUGCCAAAAAAGUCAUUUUCAUGUUAUCCCUAGUGUAUACCGUUAGUGAACAUGGACAGCAUUGCUGUAGAGAUUGGUUUAUUGGUCUUCUUUCAUUACAGUUGUUCAUUUUAUUAGAAAUAAACUAAUGCAAUUCUGUAGUCAAAAAGCAUAUACAGUUGGGUAAAAAGGGCAUCCAUAAAUGGUGAUGAGCUGUUUGAAUCUAUAUUCCAUCCAAGCUAUUGCAACUAUUAUAAAGAGACAGCUUCUUGUUUUCCUGUAUUUGAUUUAGGAUACAACUUGCGGAUCUGAUUUCCUAUUAUAUAAUUAUUCAAAGUACAUUUCUUUAAAAUCCCACUCCCAGCACUAAUGCUGAAUCUGCAGUUGUGUUUUGGGUGCUUUGCUGGGAAUAAUUUUGACUUUGCAGUUUCAAGCUGUAACAAUAUUUGUUUACUGUUUACCCAUUUUAUUAGUAGAGCUCUGAGCAGGAAGAAAUGAUACCUGUGUUUGGUAUUGUCAAGUUGAUUUCUCUGUAUUUUAACACCUCUGCCAGUCUGGUGGUAGUGUGAUAUAUGCAUCUAUGUUUUUUUGUGUUUUGGUGGGUAACAUAUAUUGCCAGUCUUCUAAAAUGAAAGAAUUCCAAUACAGUAUUUGAAUAUUAUAAGCAUCAGAACACAGAUUUGAAUAAAAACACAUUUUAAUAAGGUUUACAGAAAGCUGAAACUUGAUACUUCCUAAGGGUCAGAGUCUAAUUAUAUGUGAAGAACAAAACUGAGCUACAGUAAAUGAUGAAAAUGUAAGGUUUUCUCAGUGACAACUUUAGGGUGUGUUUUUUACAUUUUUUUUUUAAAUAAUUUUGGCACGUUUGUUUGGAAAAAUACUUAACACUUUGAACAUAGUGUACAAACAUUUUGUAAGUAAAUAUGUAUUGCAAAUGAGUGCAUUGUUUUCUUAAUAAAAAUUCUAAAAACCUGUU